AUGACCUCGGCCUCGGCAAAGCCGGGGAGCCUGGCCAGCGUGGUGGUGUCCUUCUUCCUGUCCACGUACUACAACAUCAUCAACGCCUGGGCCUUCUGGUACCUCUUCCACUCCUUCCAGGAUCCCCUGCCGUGGUCCGUGUGCCCGCUGAAUGACAACCACACGGGCUAUGACGAGGAGUGUGAGAAGGCAUCCUCCACGCAGUACUUCUGGUACAGGAAAACCCUCAACAUCUCCCCGUCCAUCCAGGACAGUGGGCACGUGCAGUGGGAGCCGGCGCUCUGCCUCAUCCUGGCCUGGCUGGUGGUGUACCUGUGCAUCCUGCGGGGCACCGAGUCCACCGGCAAGGUGGUAUACUUCACCGCGUUGCUGCCUUACUGUGUGCUCCUCGUCUACCUGGUCAGGGGCCUCACGCUCCACGGAGCCACCAACGGCCUGGCGUACAUGUUCACGCCCAAGCUAGAGCAGCUGGCCAACCCCAAGGCCUGGAUCAACGCGGCCACGCAGAUCUUCUUCUCCCUGGGCCUGGGCUUCGGCAGCCUGAUCGCCUUCGCCAGCUACAACGAGCCGUCCAACGACUGCCAGAAGCACGCCAUCAUUGUGUCCCUCAUCAACAGCUCCACCUCCGUCUUCGCCAGCAUCGUGACCUUCUCCAUCUACGGCUUCAAGGCCACCUUCAACUACGAGAGCUGCUUGAACAAGGUGAUUCUGCUGCUGACCAAUUCUUUUGACCUGGAAGAUGGCUUUCUGACAGCCAGCAACCUGGACCAGGUGAAGGGCUACCUAGAGUCCACCUUCCCCGACAAAUACAGCGAGGUGCUCCCGCAAAUGAAAAACUGCAGCUUGCAGUCAGAGCUGGCCACGGCGGUCCAGGGCACUGGCCUGUCUUUCAUCGUCUAUACCGAGGCCAUUAAAAACAUGGAGGUGUCCCAGCUGUGGUCGGUGCUCUACUUCUUCAUGCUGCUGAUGCUGGGCGUUGGGAGCAUGCUGGGGAACACGGCGGCCAUCCUCACGCCUCUGACCGACAACAAGGUCAUCUCCAGCCACCUGCCCAAGGAGGCCAUCUCCGGUCUGGUGUGCCUCGUCAACUGUGUCAUCGGCCUGGUGUUCACCACGGAGGCCGGCAACUACUGGUUCGACAUAUUCAAUGACUACGCUGCCACACUGUCCCUGCUGCUCAUCGUCCUGGUGGAGACCAUCGCCGUGUGUUACGUGUACGGGCUGCGGAGGUUUGAAGGUGACCUUAAGGCCAUGACUGGCCGCACCCUGAACUGGUACUGGAAGGCCAUGUGGGCCGGCGUGAGCCCACUGCUCAUCAUCAGCCUUUUUGUCUUCUACCUGAGUGACUACAUCCUCACGGGGACCCUGCAGUACCAAGCCUGGGACGCCUCCCAGGGUCAGCUUGUGACCAAGGAUUACCCCCCAUACGCCCUGGCCGUCAUCGGGCUGCUGGUGGCCUCCUCCAUCAUGUGCAUCCCCCUGGUGGCCCUGGGGACUUUCAUCGUGCGCUGCCUCAAGAGGGGAGACACGCCCCCCGUGGCCUGAGGACUGGGCUUCCGAGACCGUGGUUGGCUGCUCCCUGCCCUGCAGCUACGAUUUACAGGCGGGAUCUCCUUUGGCUGCUUGUAAAAAUAUUUGCUCCAGAAAUACUCAGCCUGUCGUCUUCCUGAGUCCAUCAAGAAUUGUGGAGGAAGACGGCUCCCUCGGGAGGACCCACACCCCGCCCGCGGAGUGGGCCCUGCUCCCCUCUGCGUCCCAAGGUCGCACCAUGCUGCCUCCUUGUCACUAGAAAUGCGGGCUUUUCAAGGCCAGUCUUGAAGACAAUCACUUUCUUGACUCUAGGGAAGUCCUAGGAUUAGGACACACUGUGAGCUGAAAUUUGACUAUAAUUUUUAUGGAAUAAAAUUUAAGUGGUUUUUUCCUUCUGAAGAAAUCCCAAAAUAUCAGAGGGCAAUUGUUUUUUUAGAUCGGUUGGAAAAGAGGUUUUUUUCAAGUGCCUGAGAUGACAGAUCUGAAUGUCACUGGUGUGAAAUCAAGUCUCUUUUUUUUUUUUUUUUGAGUCACAGUGAAUACGCAACUGCUGUGUUCGUCACUAACAAGACUGGCCACGCAGCAGGGAGGCCUUUGUUGGGGUCCACAAAGGGGGUCACUUCUGUGAUCUGACAUCUCUUACAGCGGGUCCAGGCCCGGUCCUCCCAAUUACAGUACGCAACCCCAAACCACCUGAGCAGUCCGUGCAGGCGGCCCCUAUCCCGGGGUGUUGGAAAAGAUGCCAGAGCCACGUCCAGGGUGAAAGUAAAUCCAACUUUCCCAUAGAAGGUGUUAUAUUUGGACAUGGUGGCCAACUCAUUAGAGCAAAGACCAUGAACAUCACUUACAAUCCAUUUUAAAUUAUUUGUACAUAAGUUUUCUAGAGUGUAUGUAACUCCAACAGAGCCUCUUGUAACUGAAGACACCAUAUUUAUGAUACAGCAUCAGCGCACCACGUCUCCUGUCUUUUUUUAACCACAAUAAGUAGGUCAAGGUUAUCCCUAAGCGGAUCCGGCCCCUUCCUACCCUAACAUUCCAUGCUUCCCCAACAUACAGGAUUCAGGGACGUUUCUUUGGGUAGAUUCGUACAAACAUCUUCGAAGACACUUAAACACUCAUGUGGGACAUCAGUUGAAGGUUUUUUGUUUUUUCUCUACUUCGUUUUCAUGAUCUAAGUGUCCUAUAUAACAAAAAUAGGCAUUAGGAAGGACUUCUGCCUUUUUUAUAGCCAUCUUACCAAUAUUUCGCAGCUUCACCUCACGGCCAGUUAUAAAAAGG